GUUACUGAGGGCAGUGCUCCAAUUACCUCAUAUUUGGAGAGAGGAAGCUGCAGCCAAUCCGGUUUCUGUCUGCUUUUAGGUCAAGUGAUUUCUGAACUGCAGUGAGAUGCUUUGAAUUUGUCUUGUUGCAGCUCUGAGCCUGUAAGAUGGCUGUCUGAAUCGGCAGCGGCUGGAAGAGACAGAGAGGCGGGGAGGGAGGGAGAAAGAAUUGGAGGGAUUGCCGCUGGCAUAGUGCAUGUUUUUAAAUCUGCGUCUAAUCCGAUGAAGCCAAGGUUGGGAUUUCUCUGGGAUCACAGGACUGGCUUAGCUGUGUUUUUGCUGAGAUUAAGAGAGGAAAGACAUGGGAAAUUCACUCGGCUGUGUUAAGGAGCCGAAAGAGUCAAUAGCUAUUCCUGAGAAGGCUCCCAUAUCUCCUAAGAAAAGGGUUCGGUUCAAAAGGAAGUGGAGGGGGAAGAAAACCCCUACUCCAGAGGCAUCUCAUGAGGAAGAACCUUUGGAAGGGACUGGAGCCAUUGAAGAGACUGAAACCCUAACAAAGUUAACAGUGAGUCUCGGAAAGGAGGAAGGAGUGGGAGGGGUAGAGCAUCCCCCCUCAGACAUUUUACUGCCUGGGGACUCUGCCCCCAACUCAGGCAUGGGGGACCACGGAAUGAUCGUACAGGUAAAGGAGAGAUUCCAGGGGGAGGUCCAAACUGCUCACCUUUUGUUAAAGAAUGAGUCAUCAGUUGCUGGAGGGGUCUGGGAUUCCCUGGAAGAGGGUAUGACUGUUGUUGCUCACCUGCUUGAUAACCCAGCAGAAAGGAACUGUGAGAAGUCAGUGAGCCAACUGGUGGAAUUUCCAAGGACAGCAUCCUGCAGCAGCAGGGCUGUGCUGCUACCUUUGCAAGGAGAGACUGCAGUGAAGAAAGCAGGAACUCGGCUUGGAUUUCAGAGCAGCACUUUGCCCAGGACAGACUGCCCCACUGACAGAGGAAAUCAAGACCAACUUUCAGAGGGCAGGAGUGUGUGGGGAGGACCCAGGGGUAUUUCAGGUGCCCCUCAGAUGGGUUCCUGGAUUGCUGAAUGUUCUGUUCCUUCAUCACUGCUGGACCAGUCAGGAGGCCAUAGAUGUGCAGAGCCUGCCCACAUGGGUCAAGUGCCCCCCCAGGGUUCCAGGCUGCCUACUUCUCAGAGUGAUUUAUCCAUCAGUGGCAUGACUGUGAGCAUUUUGCCCUCCUCCUCUGGCUAUGGCAGUGAUGGGCCACACGUACGGGGGAUUCAGCCUAAGGAUACAGAACCUGAAAAGAGUUCCACAUCCUUCUCAGAAGAGGAUGCCUCUUUGGAGGCAAGCCACACCCCAUCAUGGGGUCUGGAGGAGGUAGGUGGGCAUGUUCAUGACAUAAUCAAACAGCUGAUUAGAGUCCUGGCCUUCAAACUUACUAAAGUGGGGUGUGGUGAGCAGUGAAGAUUUUUGGUGCUUCUUCCCAAACUCAUCCCUAUGUCAGGUACUGUGAGUUAGUGACUGCUCGGUCUGGGGCAAGCAGAGUCUAUUUCAGAUCUGUCCCUUGAUGCUUGAAACCAAGUCUUGUUGUCUCUGGAGAAGUUCUGAUUCUGAGUAACCAAGCGGCAUAAUUGCUCAAGCUGUCUGGUGGGGUUAUCUCUAAAGGUGCAGUGUUAGAUAGUACUUACUCUCAGGCAGGUCUUUUUACCAGCUUCCCUGCAACAAGAAGAUGCGGUGUAGCACAAAGGAUGAUGGGGAGGCCUAGCUGAAUCUCUGAAAUGAGUGUGAGAAAUGUUGAAGGGACUGGGAGUGAAGCAGCUUGUCUUCAGUGCUUCUCCCCUGAGGAGUGGUGUACUGACUAGAGCUGAUGCAGUCCCACUCCUGCAGGAGGACUUCUGAUGACAGCACUCAUUCAAUAUUUGUAUAGGUAGAGAGUGCCCAUCCUCCUUUGGUUUUCUCAGUGUUCCAUCAUUAAAGGAGAGGGACAUAGAGUUAUGUGGAGAUUAGUUGGGGGCAGGGAGAUUAGAGAAGUUUGAAGGUUCCAGGUUUUUUUAAGUUUGUUUUGUGAUUGGACUUGUUUAGGGCUUUAACAUGUUUUUGUUUAGGACAUUGUGAUUACAUUUAUGUAUAUAUAUACAUACAUAUUUGUGUGCAUGUAUAUGUAUGUAUGUGUAUGUGUUUAUAUAUGUGUAUAUGUGGUGGUGGUGAGUGUUGUGAAUCAUUUUAAGAGUCCAGGAGCAAGUGAGAAUUCAAAUGAUCAGGAGGACACUGAGAGGAGGAGGUAGACUCAGCAGGACCCUGAGUGGAACAGGGCCUAGCAUGUAGGUAUGUGAUUGAACUUAGAAUUCACCAAGGGGUGAAGAACUUUUGUUGGCAUGUCAUCCUCUGCAGCAGAAGAAAAAUACUUUAGAAUCUCAGAGCUGCAAGGGGUGGAAGAUGAAGUAGGGCAGACACUGCUUACUUAGGCUGGUACUCUACAGUUGGUACUAUACAGCUUCUCUGGUGUAUGCAGAGCGGAGAUGUGGCCUGCCUGCUGGUGCCAGGCUUAUUAUCAAUAGCAUGAGGCCAAGGAUAGACACAAAUUUUAAGAUGUCCUGUGCUUAAAAUCUCUUCUGUGGGGAGGAAUUUCCCCCAUGGAUAGGCCCAUCUUAGUGCCCUCUGUUAUUACAGAAUUUGGAGAUUACCUACAGUUGGA